AUGUUUAGAGGUAACAACAGCACUACUGCAGUCCCAUCUUUUCUUGACAAUCAGUUUCAGUACAAUGCAGAUAUGUCAAACCAGCUCAAGCUUUGUGGAAAUGUACCUGUAGAAUUUCAUGGUGACACUGUAAAUUAUCUUGGCAAACAUGACGACCCUCAAUUCUUACUGCAAAAUAGAUGCGGUGGGGAUGCUGAACCAUUUCCGAGCCAGCAAAAUUUUCAGUUUUCUUUAAAUGAUACAAUUUUUCGAGAUGAGACUGAUAGAAAAGCCAGUGUUUUGAACGUGAAUCCCGUGUCCACCGGUUUAAGGUUGUGUUAUGAUGAUGAUGAGCGAAACUCGUCUAUAACAUGCGCAAGUGGAAGCCUAAUAGGUGCAUCUUCACUCUUUUCUGCACUGAGCAAUGACACGAAGAGAGAAAUCGAUGAGCAAAAUAAAGAGCUCGAUCACUUGAUUAGAAUUCAGGGAGAGAAGAUGAGAAAAGGGGUGCGGGACAUACGCGAGAAACACAUGGCCUCAUUCCUGGUAGCUGUGGAUAAUGGUGUGGCCAAGAAGAUGCAAGAGAAGGAGGUGGAGCUCGAGCGCGUGGCCAGCAAGAACAAGGAGCUUAUGGAGAGAGUGAAGCAGGCAACAUGGGAGGCCCAGAAGUGGUGCUAUAUGGCCAAGUACAAUGAGUCUGUGAUAAAUGUCCUCCGAGCCAACCUCCACAAGGAAGGCAUCGGGGAAAGCGAUGCAGAUUCACACCUUGACAGGGAUUUGGUGAGAGUGAGGUGCAGGUCAUGCGGGAAGAAUGAGGCGUCGGUCCUGCUGAUGCCGUGCAGGCACCUGUGUUUGUGUAGGGAGUGUGAGGCGGGAGUAAAAAAUAACACAAAUGAGAACAGAGAAGACGAUCGAUCCGUCAAUCCCUACUCUAAAUUCCUAAUCUCACCUCUCCACUGUUCGGGGCAAAACCCUAUUUCUCUCAACCCUAGCGGCGACGACGGCACUGUGGCAGGCGAGAAGCGGUACCUGAGAGACCGGCGGCGAGAAGCGAGACUGCGAGACCUUGGAGGCGGCCGACGGGCGGCGGCUGUGAGGAAGCGAGUGUGCGAGCCGGCGAGCGGUGAGGCAGCGGCACAGAGAGUCACUCCGAGCGGCGAGGCAGCUUCCAUUCCGAUAAGAAACAUGAGUACCCGGAAGAAGACCCCAUUUCAGAAACAUAGAGAAGAGGAAGAGGCGAAGAAAAAGAGGGCCGAGGAUGAAACUGCUAGGUUGUAUCAAGAAUUUGUAGAAUCAUUUCAAGCGGAUAAUACCCCAGGGUCGAAGGCUUUUGUCAGAGGUGGAAUGAUAAAUCCUAAUGAGAAGCUGAAAAAUGACUCCGAAGGUGGAAAUUCCAAAGAUGAGGGUUCUGGUUUAAAGAAAGGGAGUAGGUAUGUACCAUCUUUCAUUCCACCUCCAAUGGCAACAAAGGGUAAAGAAUAUGAAAAGAAAAAAGAGGAGAAGCCAAAGGAGAGAGAAAAGGGGAAGUCGAGAAAUAUUGAUCAUUUUAUGGAGGAGCUGAAGCAAGAACAAGAGAUGAGGGAGAGGCGAAAUCAAGAGCGUGAAGGUUGGCGUGAUAUGCGUCAUGGUGAUAGUUCUACGCCAUCCAGCCGUUUUGAUGAGCUACCAGAUGAAUUUGAUCCAAUGGGAAGACCUGGAUCAUUUGAUGAUGGAGAUCCACAAACAACAAAUCUUUAUGUGGGAAACCUAUCACCUCAGGUUGAUGAGAAUUUCCUUUUACGGACAUUUGGAAGGUUUGGGCCUAUUGCUAGUGUUAAAAUUAUGUGGCCCAGAACGGAAGAGGAAAAGAGACGGCAAAGGAAUUGUGGGUUUGUUGCUUUCAUGAAUCGACUUGAUGCUCAAGCUGCAAAGGAUGAAAUGCAAGGUGUGGUGGUCUAUGAAUAUGAGUUGAAGAUUGGGUGGGGUAAGUCGGUUUCCCUUCCUUCACAGGCACUUCCUGCUCCACCGCCUGGACAGAUGGCCAUCAGGAGCAAGGAGGGUGCGACUGUCAUUUUGUCUGGGCCUUCUGGUCCCCCAGUAACCAGCGUCCCAAGCCAGAACUCAGAGUUGGUACUUACCCCAAAUGUUCCUGAUAUUACUGUGGUUCUUCCCGAUGAUGGCCAUCUUCAGCAUGUUAUUGACACAAUGGCUCUCUAUGUUCUUGACGGCGGCUGUGCUUUUGAACAAGCAAUAAUGGAGCGGGGCCGCGGGAAUCCUUUGUUCAAUUUCUUGUUUGAGCUUGGCUCAAGGGAACACACUUACUAUGUUUGGAGACUAUAUUCAUUUGCUCAGGGUGAUACUCUUCAGAGAUGGCGAACAGAGCCUUUCAUCAUGAUCACUGGUAGUGGAAGAUGGAUACCACCUCCUCUACCAAUAGCCAAAGGUCCAGAUCAUGAGAAGGAAGCUGUGAGCACUUAUGCUGCGGGGAAAAGCAAACGUGUGGAGAUUGAACGAACUCUAACAGAUGCCCAAAGAGACGAGUUUGAGGAUAUGUUACGUGCGUUAACCUUAGAAAGGAGCCAGAUAAAAGAAGCCAUGGGAUUUGCACUGGAUAAUGCAGAUGCUGCAGGAGAGGUUGUUGAAGUGUUGACUGAGUCACUGACUCUAAAAGAAACCCCGAUCCCUACUAAAGUUGCUCGACUGAUGCUUGUCUCGGACAUCCUUCACAACAGCAGUGCCCCUGUCAAGAACGCAUCCGCCUAUCGUACCAAAUUCGAGGCUACUCUGCCCGACAUAAUCGAAAGCUUUAACGACUUGUACCGUAGCGUAACCGGACGAAUCACAGCCGAAGCCCUGAAGGAACGUGUCCUAAAAGUUCUCCAAGUAUGGGCCGACUGGUUCCUAUUCUCAGACGCAUACGUAAACGGCAUGCGGGCCACCUUCCUCCGCCCGAGCAGCUCUGGUGUGGUCCCCUUCCAUUCUAUAUGUGGCGACACCCCCGACCUUGAUCUCAAACCCGGCUCAUCUGAUCUCCCCCCUGGUCAAAAAGUCAACCCAGAUGCUGCCCUGGCCAUGGGUAGGGGCGCCGCCAUGCAGGAGCUGCUCAAUUUACCCCUCACCGAGCUCGAGAGGCGCUGCCGCCACAAUGGGCUGUCCCUGGUCGGUGGACGUGAGGUGAUGGUGGCCCGGCUGCUCUACCUGGAGGAGGCCGAGAAACAGAGGGGUUUUGGGAUUGAGGAUGAGCUGAGGCCUGUUACCCGAACCCUGGCAGGCUCUAAGGAGGUUGGUUUUGAGGUGGAUCACGGGCGGGCGUCGGGAAGGGAUGAUGUCGAUUUGGGGAGAGUUGCUGCUGUGUUCUCGAGCCCGCCAGAUGUUUCUGGAAGAAGCAGUGUCGAUGAUGGGAACGGGAAAAAUGAGCCAAUUCUCCCGGCAUCCAAGUGGGCCCGGGAGGACAACGGGAGUGAGGGGGAGAAUGAUGGGAGCCCAAGGGACUUGGGGUUGACUUAUUCAUCUUCGGGCAGCGAGAAUGCAGGUGGUGGUGGUGUUUACAAGAGUGAGGAGGUGGAGCUCACUGUUGAGGCAGGUAAUUCUGGGCAUGUCGAUGGUGGAAUGAAUGAGGAGCAGAGACAAAAAAUGAGGCGCCUGGAGGUGGCUUUGAUGGAAUACCGUGAAUCUCUUGAAGAACGAGGGAUAAAAAGUUUGGAGGAAAUUGAGAAAAAGGUUGCGAUCCAUAGGAGUCGGUUGCAAACUGAGUAUGGUUUACAUGUUCCCAACGCAAAUGCCUCUGGCCGGAAGCCCUCAUCCUCAGAGAGGCGGGACCCACAUGAGGACCCCAACGAACACCAGAAGAAGCGCCGCCGCAGCCGAAGCAGGAGUGGAAGCCCGCACCGGAAAUUACCAGCCCGAGACAGGGAAAGAGAAAUUGACGCAAGGAGAGAGAGAGAAAGACGGCGUGAGAGAGAGAGAGGGCACGAGCCGGAAAACGAGAGAGGGAGGGAGCGUGAAAAGAGCGGCAGCAGGGACAGAGAUGAACACGAAAAAGAAAGGAUGCGCGAUAGGAGGAGGGUUAGAUGA